UUGUGACCAGGCGAACGGCCGCCCCGGUUACAAAUUGGCGUUGCUGGCAGGACUCUUUUUAUUUUUUAUUUUAUUAUUAUUUUUUUUUAGAGCAGAGACGUGUCCUUCUAGUUCACUUUUCUGACAGUUGCUUUAUGUAGGACCCCCCCAUGUGUAUAUUUUUCGGAUAGCUUACUAUUUAUUUCUUUUUGGGCAAAAACAGCAGUUGGCCAAAAGUUCUUCUUAAAGAGGAAGAGGAACCUGUAUCCCUGUUGGCUCCCAGGUGCCAAAACCACCCAAGUCUAUAGAAAUGGAGGAAGGCCAGCUGGACUUACGGGACUUGGUGAUUCAACUCCGGGCUCAAAAUGAACAACUUUCACAAGAACUUUCAGCAACGCAAGCACGUCCAGCAAGCUUGACUCCUGGCUCUUCUGAACUCCCUGGCCCCUCUGGAUCUGCUGGUCUCCCAGGGGCAGCGCCUGAACGCCUACUCUACAUCCCCAGAGAAAGGAAGUGCCCCAUGUUUAGGGGGAAUGUGGGUAUAGGAGUGGUAGAAUGGGUCGAAGAGGUCCGUGCUAGCAUGCGGGCCAGGCAUUUAGCUCGCAUAGAUCAGGCCUAUUUCAUUUACGAUCAUUUGGAGGGGUCUGCCAAAGAUGAGAUCAAGUAUAGGCCCCAGCAAGAUCGUGAGGAUCCAGAGAAGGUUUUGACUAUACUGCAGGAAGUGUAUGGAUGUUCACUGUCUUAUGUUGCUUUACAGAAGGAUUUCUUCUCCAGAAAACAGCUAGAGGGUGAGUCGUUGCAGGACUACUCUCAUGCUUUAUUUGAGCUUAUGGAAAAAAUCAUGAGGAAUGCUCCUCAGGCUAUACCUAACUCUGCCAUUCUAUUGAGAGAUCAGUUUGUGGAACAUGUUAAUGAUUCAGAUCUCCGCAGAGCUUUAAAACAGGUUGUACGUGCUAAGCCAUUAGUUACCCUCUUGGAUGUGCGAGGGGAGGCAGUCAGAUGGGAGAGGGAAGGUAGACAGCUGGAAAGUAGGCCCCGCAGUUUUUCCGUCCCCUCCAUCUGUGCUACCCACCUUUCAAGGGUGUCUGAGCAGACGAGUACCUCAUCUCAAAGUGAAAUGGCGGAGAUAAAAGAGAUGCUUAAAGCACAACAAGAACAAAUUAACCAGCUUUCCACCCACCUCUUGCAAUUACAGAACCCCUCCAAAUGGUCUCGGCCUUCGAAUACAGGCCCUGUUCUCUGUAGACGCUGCCAGCAGCCAGGGCAUUUUGCUCGUAAUUGCGAUAAUGCAAGGGUCUCUUUUCAGCAACAGCGCCCCCAGGCGCAUCCUAUGCAAAGGGCAACUGCUCAAAAUCAGCAGUCGGAAAACUAAUGCCCUCUGUUUUGCAGAACCACGAUUCAGAAGGGGCCAUUACAGGUUCAUGUUAUCCAGUGGAUGAACAGUGUCUCUCUCAACUUGUUAGUCCUUGUCCACAUGUUGCAGUGGUCAUUGGUGGGGUUGAGGUAGACUGUCUACUGGAUACGGGGUCAAUGGUCUCCACAAUUAAGGAGUCCUUUUUCCACCAGCAUUUUGACAACUCUCCCCAGGCAUGCCAGUGGCUACAACUUACAGCAGCUAAUGGACUUAGCAUUCCAUAUGUGGGGUAUGUAGAGCUCGAUGUUUCUGUAAUGGGUAUAGUUAUUCCCAAAAGGGGGAUUCUAGUGGUUAAGGAUCCUCCUGGUUCUUUGCCCGAAUCUGACGUUCCUGGUGUCUUAGGCAUGAAUGUAUUACGUGAAUGUUAUGCAGAGUUGUUCGGGCAACAUGCCUCACCCCUUUUUGAUGUCUCACUUGUGAAAGAGGCCCCUGAGGCAUGGAAGAAAGCUUUCCAAAAGUGUCACGAGAGCCGGGCCAGACCUGCAACAGGUGCCAGUGGAGUUGCUAGGGUGAGGGGGAAACAUCCAGUCUACAUACCCGGGGGGACAGUUAAAUUGGUGGCCGCGACCUGUCCGCAGAGGUGUCUUCCACCUUUCCAGGCUUUGUUUGAACCUUUUGCCAACCAAGAAGCUCUUCCUGGUGGUUUGUUAGUAUCUCUUGCGAUGGUCACAGUGCACCAUGGUACUGCUUACAUCCCAGUUGUGAAUGUUGGUGACACUGAUGUUAAACUUUACCCCCGCUGUGCCCUAGGGAUGCUAAACCAGGCCCAGAUAGUGAGUUUACCUACAGGCAUCAACGAGGUUCCCAGGAAGCCAGCAGGAAUGGGUACCCUGGCGACCAUGAGCUCUCAGACGGGGCAGGUGAAAAACAUCUCUGAUACACUAGCUUCUCUUGAUCUUAGCAAUGUUCCAGAGACAGAGCAGGCUGGGAUACGGUCCAUGUUUGAGAAACAUCAUGCUGUUUUUUCGGCAUUUGAAGGGGAUCUGGGAUGUACUAACCUUAUAGAGCAUGAAAUCCCAUUGCUAGAUGAUGUGCCUGUGCGACAGAGGUUUAGGAGAAUCCCCCCCUCAGAUUACGAUUCUGUUAAAAAUCAUAUCAACCAGCUCUUAGAGACCCAGAUAAUCCGAGAAAGUUGCAGUCCAUACGCGUCCCCAAUAGUCCUCGUCAAAAAGAAGGAUGGAAGCCUACGGAUGUGUGUGGAUUAUCGUCAACUCAACAGCAAGACACGCAGGGAUGCCUUUCCUUUACCUCGGAUAGAGGAGUCCCUCGAUGCCCUGGCAGGAGCACGUUGGUUCUCAACUAUGGAUUUGGCAAGCGGCUAUAACCAGGUACCGGUCGCAAAGAAAGAUAGGGCAAAAACAGCCUUUUGUACACCUUUCGGCUUGUUUGAGUUUAACCGCAUGCCCUUCGGCCUCUGUAAUGCGCCUGGUACAUUCCAAAGGUUAAUGGAACGGAUCUUUGGUGCACAGCAUUUUCAGACACUGUUACUAUACCUGGAUGACGUGAUUGUCUUCUCUUCCACAGUAGAUGAGCACUUAAAGCGCCUCGAUGCCGUGCUGUCUCGCUUGCAACAGGAGAAACUGAAAGUAAAGUUCGAGAAAUGCUGCUUCUUUCGCACGGAGGUAAACUAUCUUGGUCAUGUGAUUACCGAAGAUGGCGUGGCCACAGACCCAGGAAAAUUAUCAGCUGUGGCAAAUUGGCCGAGACCAACAAAUGCAACGGAGUUAAGGUCAUUUUUAGGUUUUUGUAGCUACUAUCGACGUUUUGUGGAGGGUUUUGCAAAAAUCGCAGCCCCCCUACAUCGCCUUGUAGCCAACAUGAUAGACGCUCGCACAAAAAAAGCAUCUCGGAAGAUAAUUGGGGAGCUUUGGACUGAACAAUAGGUGGACGCUAGCCUCAGUGGAUUAGGGGCAGUGCUUUCUCAGGAGCAGGAUGGAAAAGUGAGGCCGGUAGCAUAUGCCAGCAGAACCCUGA